ACACUGUGUGCAUUUUAAACUUCCUGCUUCAAAUACACCACUUAAAAUUUCAUAUGUGACAACACGAAUUUUUUUGAAAACAAAAAUGGAUAAAACCAAACUGAUAUCAAAGAUAUUCAUCGUUUACAGUGUUGUAAUGAUAACAAGACUCAGUGCUCAAAUUGACUGCAGUAAAGUUGAUCGUCUGUAUAUCAAAGACUCUGCUGUCCCAGUGAAAGGACAUGCUUUACAACUGAACUGUAAUGUCAACAAUUUCAAGGACAGUAGUCAAAUUAUCUUGACGAGAAAUGAUUUACAAACCAGUGAGCAAAUAACACAGUGCAUUACAUCAUAUUGUACAAAUGUGCCCUUUAAAUGGAGGCAAAGUUACACAGUAUCAUCAGACAACAAUGGCGUUUAUUUACAAAUCAAAAGUCUUAACAGAUCAGAAGAUGAGAAUAUAUGGAUAUGUAUGAAUCCAUGUGGAGAAAGUAAAAGUCUUCAAUUCACAGUACACACUGUUCCACAACUGCUACAGUUUGACAAUCCGCCAAGCCAGGACGAGGAUCUAGUCCGUAACGCUGUAACCCUAAAAUGUAGAACAGGAUGUACCUAUCCACAGCCAUCAGUUACCUGGUUUUAUAAUGAGACUGGAGAUUCACGCCGAGAAUGGCCAAACUCUGGAUCUGUUUCACAUAAAGCAGGAGGAUGUACUGAUUCUGAGAGAAUUUACACAUCUACUUUAUCUCUACCAAGAUACACAACAUUCCCAGACAAUGCAGACAAAACUGUAAACUUUUCCUGUGGCAUAACUUCAUUUCCUGGAUUGACUCAAUCUUUGUACACGGGUUCAUAUGUAAAUGUUCGGUUUGCUGUACGUGUAACAAGUAUUACACUCAAAACAGGAACAAGCACGCCCUCUGACCCUCUAAAAGUAGUCAGUGGUACAUCUACGACAUUGACCUGUAUAACUAGUGUAAGCAGACCCGUAGCAACAGUUGUCUGGUAUCUUGGAACUGAAGAGAAACAACGAUCAAACACUGGCUCCAGUUUUACUUUCAUACCGCAUAACAAUGACCAUAACAAGCAGAUCUAUUGUAAAGCGUUUAACUUACAGCCGGAGAAGGAUGCUGUGUCGUCAAACAAAGCUACACUCUAUGUUCUAGAACCGACUUUAGUUAAAUUUUUCUACAUAGGCGAGCGUGAUGGUCAAGCAAACUUUACAGCUGACGAACAUGAUGAUAUACAAUUUAAUUGUGAAAUCGGUGGAGACCCAGCUUCUAAUGUAAAAAUCAUUUUCGAAGGAGAAAUAUUGGCAGAACAGGUUGACACGAAUAAAUUGACAUUUAUUCGUCAGGAUGUUGACUGCUUGCAUAAUGGUGUUUAUUUCUGUGAAGGAAAUGACAGUUAUGGGCUUACCUCCAGCAAAAAUGUCACAUUGUUAGUUAAAUGUUCUCCACGCCCACGACGGCAGAUACUUAGAAAUAUAACAAGUCCACUUUACGUUCCAGUAACAUUAACCUUAAACGCUAUAGCUUACCCAGAGCCUGGUCCGAAAGGAUUUUCCUGGUACAAAGAAAAUAAGAAAGGAUGGAUACCUUUACUGAGUAACGAGGAUUUGCACGUGUCAUCAUCUGGAUUACAGACAAGUCUUACAAUCAUGAAUGUAUCAAGGGCACACUUUGGACAAUAUCGAGUCACAGUUGAGAAUAGCAUUGGAACAUAUGACCAGUACUUAUUUCUUUCAGGAGAAGGUCUAACAGUCUUAGGUACAGAAACAAGCAAAGAUGAUAAAGAAUGCACCACCUCGAUUGUAAUUGCAGUUACAUUUGGGAUCAUUUGUGGUGUUCUUGCGGGGUAUGCAACGGGUAUAACUAUUUUACACAGACGCAAAAUGAUACGCAAAGGCACGAAGUUCCCUGAUAAAACAAAAGCUGAAACCACUUACGUUAACUCAGCCUAUAAAUCAGAUGUCCCGAAAGUGCCAGAAACUGUCCGAAGACGCGAGAACAUCGAUGAUGCUAAUGGAAUCAACGAGGAUUCGCUUAAGCAAUAUACAGAUCUAGCACAGUACUCCAGGGACGAUAUCACAACAUAUGACGUCAUUCAAAAAACAUGAGAACAUAUAAACGAAUGAACAACGAUUCCUUCCAUUGCUUGCGCCUACUAAGCAAUUCAUUUUCUCAUAGCUUUGAAUUAAAUCAGAUACUUUUUCAUUGAAUACAGUAGUGGAUGUAGCAGUUAUUAACAUGAUAUAAUUACAAUGCGAGUUCCAGAGUUUUGUACUAAAGAGAAUCAAUUCGAUGAUUAACUUUCCUACAGUUUCUCAUAGUAUACCGUUUGUAUUUACUUUUAAUCCUCCUCUCUAUGCAUACAUGUUAUCUUUUGAUAUGAUAUGUCGGCUCAGACGUAUUGUAACCCAUCUGAGCGAUGUUUAGGAGGCUGAGUUCUGUGAGUUGCAAAUUUGUCAUUGAAUUUCUGUUUUCGUUGUAAGGUUGUAAUAAGUCCCCUACCAGUUCACCGAAGGGGACUUUAGGAAUGCCUUCCGCCCGUUUGUCCGUCCGCAAAUCUGGAUCUUGUAAUUACUCAAAAGUAUUCAGUGUAGGUUAAUAAAACUUGGUAUGUGUAUAGAGGGCAAUAUGUAGAUAGUGCACGUACAUGACUUGUGCUUAUAAGUCAAAGGUAAAGGUCACUGUUGAAGGUCAAUUAAAAUUGUUUCUGCUUCAUAACUUUUAUAUGCAUUGAUGUAUUAUUUUUGUGGUACACACAAACGUUUCCAAUGAUGAGACAAUCGUGUCAACACACGAUCUAUGCUUGUUAGGGAAAGGUCAAGUUCACUGUUAAAGGCCAAGUGAAACUUUGUUUCUAUUCCAUAACUUUUAAUUGCAUUGAAGGAUUUUUUAUUACUAUAUAGAAAUGUUUCCCAUGAUUAGACUAUUUUUCGCGCAUAGAACCGAACAGAACAAGCACUUUAUUAAACUCACACCAUACGUAAAGGUGUAUGAGUAAACAAAGCAAUUCCAACUUUACAAUUCAGAUCACGUGACAACAUAUCGUGAACAUGAAACAAAAAGGAAACAACAAAAGAUACACUCGUUACAAGAGAGGGAGAAAAACAAAGAAAAAAAGGAAAGAAACCGGCAUCUUGGUGGGGGCAUAACUUCUCGUUGUACAUAUUAAUUUUACAUUUUUGAAAUCGAAAGUUGACCUUAUUACAUUGUUAAAAUCCGCCUCUGUCUGGAAAUGUGUCAAUUUUCACUGUAUUCAAAACGUGGUUGACCAUGAGUUUCUGUUAUUUGUUCUUAUCGGAUUAUCUUCAUUGACUGUAAAGUACCAAUUUCGGCAGUUAUGUUAUCAAGGUAAGCGUUUGUAUAAAUGUAGAUGAAUAAGUUUGGGAUAAAUAAUUAUUUAAGUCCAAUAAACUAAUUGCGUACACUUCAUGUAGAAUGUCAGUGGUUGACAAUUUAUAUGACAGGAACUUAAAGGUCCAAUGCUAAGGAAAGUGAACAUUUUAAUUUCUUUUAAAAAGCACAGAAACUAUUUCAUUUUAUUGGAAAAUGAAAGUUGGUAUGUAGAAAUUCGAAAUAAAUCGCAGUAUAUGUACAAUUAUUUUUCUAUGAAGUAUGAAGAAAGUUAAAAAGACCUGGGGGGUCAUUCUGUCGAUCCAUUGAAAUUUCAACAUAAUACACAUACAUUUCUUUGAGUUCCAAAGACCUUCUGUAAAUUUUGACCUGCCAAUCUUCAUUAUUUAGUGUCUUGCAGAAGUCUAUGCACUGGCUAUGAAAAAAAAUGCCAACUCACUUUCCCUUAGUAAUGGACCUUUAAGUAUUUUUGUUAAAUUGUUACCGGUGUAUUGUUUUUUACUGUAACAUUGCUGGGUUGAUCUCAGAUUGGAACUCGACAGAUAUGUACAGAAUAUAUACAUUUGAAAACAAGAA